UCUGUCAAUAAAGACUUUCUGACGUACAUUUCUCACGUUAAUACACCCCUGUGCGAGAGGAAAACAAGCAUACACUUGGACGUAACCUUUGUGCUUAAGCUGGAGUUAGUGAGAUAUUAAUAGAAUGGAUUUAUGAGAGAGUAAUUCGAACGAUUAUGAAUUAGUUAUUAAGAUUGAAGAUUUGGUGAACAUUAAAGAAGCGAUUUAACAACGCAUUUAACAAGCUAUAAGUGACAUGUAUGACCAAUGAUUUAAGUUGUAUGAAUGCGGUAUACAUCCCCAGUGUAUGGUUCCACUUAAUCCGUACAGUGGAUUAAUUACAGACUGUUUACAGGAUUAAUAGGCAGUAAUACAUUGGUUUAUCAUCUUUGUGACACAUUCAAGGAGCCAUAAACGUAAAACGUAAAAGCGUAAAUGUCAUGACACGCAUAAAGGCCCGGAAAAGCGUUCGUGAGUUUCGACCCAGUCGCCUUUAGGUGCAGGAGUAUGCUGCUUUCUUGACCGCUGUCGAUCACCUCAUCAUGUUGUUCCGCGUGCUUCAGUUCCACGCGGAACUCCUCGGUUUUGUCCUCAGCCUCGUCACCAUUUCCGGUAUCGCUGGAACGGACGGAGCAAGCAGUUUCGGCCCCAUACAACAAACGACUAAGGGUCGAGUGAAGGGACUGCGCGUUAGCGUUCACGGGACAGACGUUGACAUGUACCUCGGAAUUCCCUAUGCAAAGCCUCCAGUCGGCAAUUUGAGAUUCCGGCAUCCCCUUCCGGCCGACCAUUGGUCCGGAGUUCUUAAUGCAACUGAAAAGCCAAACGCCUGUCCUCAGGGCUUAGAUGAAAUGUUUCCUAACGCCGAUGGUGCAAACGUUUGGAACGCAAACACUAACCGCAGUGAAGACUGCUUAUACCUCAAUGUAUGGGUCCCCAGAACGGAGCCGGAAGGCUACUCGUACGAAAAACACGUUAUGGUUUGGAUAUUUGGGGGUGGAUUUUAUUCCGGUUCAUCGGCGUUGGAUAUUUACGACGGACGAUACAUAGCCGCUGAAAAUGACAUCAUUAUUGUUUCUAUGCAAUAUCGUUUAGGUUCUCUUGGCUUUUUGACGCUGUUUCACCCUGAAGCACCUGGCAAUGCGGGUCUUUUUGAUCAGGUUCUAGCUCUAGACUGGGUCCAACAAAAUAUUCACUUUUUCGGGGGUAAUCCGCAUUCAGUGACGCUUUUUGGUGAAAGCGCAGGUGCUGUGAGUGUAGGAAUGCACAUGCUUUCUCCCCUGAGCAGAGGCAAGUUUCACAAAGUGAUAUUGCAAAGCGGGGCACCACAUGCCGCGUGGGCCGUACUUCCGGAUAAAGAAGCUAAAAAUAGAUCUAUGUCGCUCGCGAAAUUAUUGCACUGCGACCAUCACACGGAAAUUCCGGAUAUCAUUGAUUGUCUAAGAGAGAAGCCAGUGGAUAAAUUUGUUAAUGGAGAAUGGUAUACUAUAACAUCCGGUGUGGUGAGAUUUCCAUUUGUGCCUGUUGUAGAUGGCUCAUUUUUGACAGAAGCGCCUGAGAAGUCAUUAAUUACACAUAAUUUUAAACGCUGUCCUGUUUUACUUGGACACAAUAAGCAUGAAGCAAAUUAUUGGCUUCUUUAUUAUGAGGAUAAAUUUUUCUCUUUAAGGGAUGAACCAAAAAUUAGCGAAAGUGCGUUUGACACUUUAAUAGAUUUAAUAUUUUUCCAUCAUCCAUUUUACCCAAAAGAAUUAAACACAUUUGGCAAAGAAGCCAUUAAGUUUGAAUAUCGAAACUGGGUCAACCCGCAUGACCAAAGACAGAACGCUAUCAUGCUUGACCAUGCUGUUGGAGACUUUCAUUUCAUUUGUCCAACAGUGGACUUCGCGCUAUUGGCCACAAAUGCAGGGAAUAAUGUGUUUUACUAUGUGUAUGAACAUCGGUCAAGCGUCCAUCCCUGGCCUGAGUGGAUGGGGGUGCUUCACGGGGAUGAAAUAAACUUUGUGUUUGGGGAACCAGAAAACAGAACCAAGGGCUACACACAUGAAGAGAUUCAGUUUUCAAAGAAGAUGAUGAGAUACUGGACCAAUUUUGCCAAAACAGGGGACCCCAAUCGACGACCUGGUCACGUGUUUUUGGACGAAUGGCCACUCUUCACAAACGAAACUCGAGAGCAUUUAAUUCUCCAACCAGACCUCAUUAAUCGAGUGGACAAGACGGUAUCUAUUGGACGAGGUGCACGUGCGAAGGAAUGCUCAUUUUGGCGGGACUACCUUCCAAAUUUGGUCCUUAAGACUGCCGACAUGUCGGAGAUGGAGGUCGAGUGGAAACUACAGUUCAACGAGUGGAGCACAAAGUAUAUCGUCGAGUGGAAAACACAGUUUGACAGUUUCCUCUUGGAAAAUGGACUCAAGCAGAAAAAUGGGGGACGAUGCCCGACCCCCUGAUAGGAGCUUUCUCUUUGAAAAUGGACUCAAGCAGAAACAUAAGAGAAGAUACCUCGACAUCCUGAUAUGUCACACAUGUUGUUUUUUAUUAUUAUUUACAGUGCAAGUGCUAACAUGAAAAGCUCAAAGUAUCUUAAGUGGUCAACAUUAUAUUUUGUCCAAACAGAUGGGAGGAAUUCUAGCGUUUUUCAAUACAUUUAUAUCAGUAAAUCAGCACUCAGCCGUUAUUGAGUUUAAUCAGGUGAAGCGGAAGAUAUAUUGGAUGACCCAGUUAGUGCGUAUUUUACACAAUAAAAAAUAUCCCGGAACAACCUAUUUUCAACCACAAUCUGUUUUCGACCGCACCCUGAAAAUAGGUAAAACUCUUCUAUUUUGCGUCACUUCCGGUAAAAAUUAGCUCCAGUUGUUAACCAUAACGGUUGAACUGUCAGAAAACUUCAUUUGAAAAAGAAUGGGAAUGCUAGUGUUAAAAAGUCUUCAAAAUAGGGCUGUUUCAUAAAUACGAUAAGACUUUUCUAUUUAUUGUGAUCAACUGCUUUGUUUCCAAGUCAAAACUAUACCAGUAAUCGAGCAAAUCAAACGAUUUACUUUUUUUAUCAUUUUAAAAGGAGCUUUUUCACAUUUAUAAGGUCAGACAACGAUUUUUUUUAAUUCGUCUGAGUUGAUAGAAAAAAAAUAUAUGACGGAAAUUUAUUUUGCCGAAAAAAUAUAUGUAUCGCUGUUAACAACGCUAUUAGUAUACUUCUAUUUUAGGCUUGAAAUUACACAAUUCUGCUCAAAUGAGAACCAGUCGAUCUGUUGUUCCUAAAACUAUGUAAAAUAUCUCAAUUUCAACAAAAAAUAACAAUCAAAGUAGACGACAGAAAACCAGUGAUUGAGUCGCUUUAAUAGCCAACGGGUAAUACACAAUCGCUACAAAAACAGUGGGUCGCUUUAACAGGGAGACGAUGAAAAUGUUCUACUUCUAAUACACUGCUACCUUACAUUUGUAUAUUGUGGCAGCACAUACCGACAAUAUACUGUACAUAUAAUGUUAAGACCUAUUAAACCUUUGUUGUUAUUUACCUUGCUCACAAUCAAACGUGCAAAAUCUAUUACCAGAAAAUCCCCUCGACAUAUUUGUGUUAUCUCGCUGGUACAUUUUCUGUUUUCGAAAUAUCAAAGUUCAAAGAUUCCAUCAACAUCGUAUUUAUCGGCCGUACCUGGGGAAACAAUCAUGGGAACAGUUCCAGCCAGCCCGGUUCUGAUCAAGACUUUAUUACUCUUUUAUAUUUUUUCUACCCUAAGAAAUAUUGUUUUUGUGAUAAAAGAAGCUAUAUAAUUGAAAUAGGUUGUAACAGUUAGUAUGUAUUGCCAAUUAUAAAUAUAGAAAAGUAUAUAAAAUAAAUAAACGUACCAUAAUUCAAUUAUGGCAUUCUUUUCUUCAGUGCGAAAGGUUCCAAAUGAUCGACUUUAAAGUUAUAUCGAACUCAUAAAACAUCCAAGCAAACAAAUAAGCAACAUUCAAAUAACUCGCAGUAAUGGGUUUAUUGCGAAUACCGCCCCCUGCAGAGUAGAUAUUUACAGCGUUAUUUUCCUUUAGUUUUGCAAGCUGGUAACAAUACUUUUCAUCCCCGGUCUUUACAAAACAUUGAACGAAUCUCCUUUUUAGCUCAUCCGUCAUAACGAUACUUAAAAGUGAGACACGUAAUAUACAGACAGACCACAAAACAUCACAAUAUAUUUAUUUGUUGAUGUAGCUGCCUAUGCACCUUCAGCUACACGUAUUCGAACAUUUAUCAAUAAUUCAAACCUGAACAUGUUUAAUAACAUGUUUCUUUCUAUAUUGUACAUACAUGUAUACUUAAAUAACCAUUUGUACAUAUUUCGUUUAAUAUUGGCUCACAUUUAUCGUGCAUUACAUCACCAACGGGUGAGAAUAAAGAGAAUAUAUGACCUUUUCUACGUAUGUCUUUGAUGUCCCUAUAAUUAGCAGUAACCUAUCAAACGGGUCUCUUUUAUACACCUAUGUGCAUGGUUUUUUUUAAUUCCGUAUCUUUGUAACCCUUCCUUUGUGAAUGUUCUUCAUUUCGUAUCUUUGUCACUCUUCCUUUAGAAAUGUUUUUUAAUCCGUUUCUUUGUAACUCUUCUUUAGUGAAUAUUCCUCAUUCCGUAUCUUUGUCACCCUUCCAUUAUGAACGCUCUUUAUUCCAUAUCUUUGUCACCCUUCCUUUAUGAACGUUCUUUAUUACAUUAUUUGUCACCCUUCCUGUGUGAAUAUGUUUCAUUCCAUAUCUUUGUCACCCUUCCUUUGUGAAUAUUCUUCAUUUUGUAUGGGAUUUUUCCAUCCUAUGUAAAUGUUCUUCAUUUUAAAUCUUUGUUUAUUCUGUUUUGACUUUUCAACAGUUUUAACCAAAUAUAACGUUUACCUCUAAAAUGCAAUGGUUUGCUGUCGUUAUAUUUAUAUCUUGAUUAGCAAAGCAGUCUAUCUUAUACUAGCAAAGCAGUCUAUCUUAUACUAGCAAAGCAGUCUAUCUUAUACUUGUUCUUUUUAUCAGAAGUUUAGUUUCCUGUCUCCAGCAUAUAAGUAAAUGUGUGUGUUACGUAGUUUCAUAUGUAUGAUUGGUAUUCUCUCAGGUGUUUGAUGCAGCUGUAUAAUUUGAUUACUGUUAUUGAUUUAUAUAGCAGUUCUAUGUGAAUGUAUUGACGGAAUUGAUACAAUAAAAUCACGAAAAAUCGUUA